CCACUGGUUUAUUGAAUCGAACGCCUUGAGACCUUGAGCUGGAGGAAUGGGCUCCGGGUGAUACUUAAGUUCUGUCGAGCCAAUCAGUACUAGUACUACUACUUGCUGUAGCAUGCGGUCGUACCAUUCAUUGUUGAGCCGUUGGCUGAGGGAGUAAUGGUUGCCGGGGUUAGAUAGUACAGCAGCACUAUUCUUUACCAGAUCUAGAAUUCUCAUUAUUGUUUUUCAAUUGCCUGAUUAUAUGUUUGCGAGGACACACGGAUCUUGUAAGAACAGAAGCUGAUAUUUGCUCAUCUCCUGCAUCUGGAUCGAUGUCUCCGCGCCUUACUAGAUCGACAGCAGGAAAUUAAGUAUGAAGAGGCUUGCUCGCAAGAGCUGGGAGGAGUCAAAGCUACUGUGGCGCGUGGCCUUCCCGGCGGUCCUGACCGAGGUGUUCCAGUUCUCCAUCGGCUUCGUCACGGCCAGCUUCGUCGGCCACAUCGGCGUCGUGGAGCUCGCCGCGGUCACCGCCGUAGAGAGCAUCCUGGAGGGCUUCGCCUACGGAGUCCUGUUCGGCAUGGGCUGCGCCCUGGACACGCUGUGCGGGCAGGCCGUGGGCGCGGGGCACCUGGACAUGCUGGGCGUCUACGUGCAGCAGUCCUGGAUCGUCUGCGGCGCCGCCGCGGCCGCGCUCGCGCCGGUGUACGCCCUGGCGACGCCGAUCCUGAGGUCCCUCCUCCGGCAGCCCGCCGCCGUGGCCGACGCCGCGGGCCCGUACGCGCGCUGGGCCGCCCCGCGGCUGCUGGCCCACGCCGCCAACUUCCCGCUGCAGAAGUUCUUCCAGACCCAGAGCAAGGUCUGGGCCCUGGCGCUCAUCUCCGCCGUGGGCCUGGGGGCCCACGUCGCUCUCACCUAUGUCGCCGUCAGGAGGCUCGGCUGCGGCCUCCGCGGGGCCGCCGUGGCCGGGAACGUCUCCUACUGGCUUAUCGACGCCGCGCAGCUCGCCUACUUGCUUAGCGGCAGAUUCCCUGACGCCUGGAAGGGCUUCUCCGUCGAUGCGUUCAAGAACCUCGCCGCGUUCGUCAAGCUCUCCCUCGUGUCAGCCAUCAUGGUCUGUUUGGAAUUUUGGUACUACGCUGCAUUGCUCAUUCUUGUGGGUCUCCUGAAGAAUGGCCAACUCCAGCUGGAUAUCAUGUCAGUUUGCAUCAACUACGAGUUCUGGAUCAUGAUGGUCGCACUAGGCUUCAGCGAAGCAGUCAGCGUUAGGGUGUCGAACGAGCUCGGAGCGGGCAGACCAAAGUCGGCCAAGUUCGCGGUGGCCGUGGCGGCCACAACAACGGCCUUCAUCGGUGCCAUCUUCAUGGCUGUCUUCUUCAUUUGGAGGAGUAGCUUGCCUAGGGUCUUCAGCGAAAACGAGGAGGUGAUACAGGGAGCCGCAAGGAUGGGGUAUCUGCUCGCUGUCACUGUCUUCUUCGUCAGUAUCGGGCCAGUGCUCUCGGGUGUGGCUGUAGGAGCAGGGUGGCAAUUGCUGGUAGCAUUCGUAAACAUCGGUUGUUACUAUUUGGUGGGCAUUCCAGCUGGGGUCCUGUUUGGUUUCAAGUUUAAACUGGGGGCAUUGGGGAUAUGGAUGGGCAUGCUAACAGGCACGUUACUUCAGAUGACCAUACUUCUUUGCAUUAUCAAGAGAACACAGUGGGAGAAACAGGCCACAUUGGCAGCAGCGAGGAUCUUAGAGUUGGGAGGAAAGAACGAGGACCAGCCGUUGAUGACAACGACGUGCACAGAAGAUGAUCCGAUGGAUACUGCAAAUGAUGAAAUUUAUAUGCAAGCAAGCAAGAAAAAUGUAGAAUUAGUGUGUAAAGAACAAGUAUAGAAGGAGUAUAUUUUUGUUCGUUUUGCUCCGUGGACGGAAAGCUUAUUUAUCAGUGUAGCGCCCAAGGUAGCGAGGCACCGUUGAGAAGAUCGUCUUUGUCCAGGAACUUCGCACCGUGGCAUAUUCUUCUGGUUGAACCUUACUUAAAAGAGCCGACAGAAGCAACCGAGAGUCUCUUUGAUUGUUA